GCCAGUCUAACGGCAGUUAUUGAAAAUAAAGUGUGUGGUCAGCAUAGUAUCCUUUGGUAAAGAAAACUCGACUGGCAGUUGGAGUUGCUUUGAUAUAGUAAAACUUAACUUUAGUUAAACAUCUUGAAUUCCGUUUUUUGUCUUAUUUCCUUCCCAGUUUAUUUUUGAGUAGCCUAUUUUGCCCAAGUACUUGAUGUUUUAACAUGACUACUAAAAUAUUUACUCCGCUUAGCUUGAUAAGUUUGUUUCUAAUGUACAGAAAAGCUGAUGGCUAUACCUUUUUUUGUUUCAAUGCUCAUCAAAUCUUGUUUAAUAGAAUUGGCAAUUCAAAAACUGUAUCAGAUUUAAAUGAUCCCAUGUUGAAAAAUGUUAGUUAUUCAGAGACAUCAGAAUCAUCAACUCUUCUAUCUAAAAAACAAAUACGACGCCUUUCUGUCCCAGAAUAUCAAAUUUCUACUAAUCACCUAACACCUUCAACAUUGAUCACAGACAUUCAAAAUGAUAGUCUUUUACUUGCUAAGAAAACUCCGAGUAAUCAUUCCUCUGGUCAGUACAGAUCAUGUAAAGCUGCUCAUAUCAAUUCGCAUUCAAUGUGGAAUAAUGAUUCAUCUUUGAGCAAAGUUCUAUCUCCAUGUAUGUUGAAUAGUCGCAAUACUGUACGCGUUAAUCCUUACUGUCCUCCACCAGAUAUAAAUCCACCACCACUACCUCCUCGUGUAGGCUAUUCAACACCAUCAGUUAUAUCUCCACAAUCACAUCAUUCCAAGCCGAUUAAAUAUCGUCCGCUUCCAGAAACGCCUAAAACUUCCUGUACUUCUACUGCUACUACUAUUGCUAAUACCAGUAUACCGAAACAAAGUAUGCAGAAGAAAUCUUCAUAUUCAAUCCCAAUGUCUGUUACAUCUCCUCCAUCGUCUACAUGUAUAAACCAAAUUAGUGAUUCAAUAGUUCCUACUUCUCUAAUACAAACCACUCAACCAACUUUACCAGCUAACAGUAAAAAGUCAAACUCUUGUCAUGAUAAUCAAAAACAUCAUCAUCGUCAAUGUGGUUAUGUGAUGUCAAUUCCAGAUACUACUCGUCAUCAUCGUCAUCGUGAAGGUCAGUAUUCAUCCAAUCAGAAUGCUGUUCAUCCUGAUUGUUGUGUUGAAUCUCAAACGCCUGCUGUUUACAUCAAUUCACGGCAUGCAAGUAAGCAGCCUAAGAAGACUGCUCCAUCUCCACAUCGUUCACGUUCUACACAUUCUCAUUCAUCAUCGAAUAAUAAUAGUGUAACUGCUCCCAAUUCUAUCCUAUUCUACCAAGCACCACUUCCAUCUAGUCAUUCUUCUGUAUCUAGUAGCCGUCGUCACCGGCUACAAGAACAUGGGAAGUCCGAUGGUCACUCAAAAAACAGGCUCCUAGUGACUAUGCCAGAAGCUUCACUGAUAACAUCUCAACCUGUGGAUAAACUUAUUACUCCAAGAAGAUCAAACAACAUCAUUAAUAUCCUCUUUUUCAAUACUACCAAUAAUGAUAACUCAGUCUUCAUUGUUUAUCCCUUUUCUGUUGUCAAAGCAAAGAUAUUGUUUACUUCACUUCCGGUUAUUAGUUGUGUGAAGCAACCGAACAACUAA